UGAAAUCUUUCAUGCACACGCAAUAUCUUCCUGCGGCCUGCCCAUAUAUUCAGUUUGAUAUUUUGCACUAGUUCUUUCUGAGAAUCAUGGCGAGAGGAGGGAGGGUUGCAAAAGCAAACAUGUUAAUGCUAAGGCAAGCCCUGCGAGAUGAGCGUGGGUUCAGCAAGCACGCAGGAUCAGCUGAUGCGCAGAAAAAGUCAGGAAAUUCAAUCGGCGGCGAGAAGAUGAGCGAGUCGUCGUGCUGGGUUCCUCAUCCACGUAGCGGUGCAUACUUUCCGAAGGGCCAUGAGUGGGUGAUGGACGGCAUUCCGGAGCAUGCAGCUUCUUUAAAGCAGACUUGCUGGCUAAGGAACGUUGAUGGUGUGGACAAAGCGGAACCAAAUUCUCCCCAAGAGGAUCAUUGCUUUCAUAUAUAGUAGCUUGUAAUUAUAUAUAUAUAUAUAUAUAUAUACUCAUCAAAAGCAAACAACUCAAUGGUUUGCUCUAAAUAAACACCAAUAUAAUAAGAUGAACACAUUUGGUACUA